UAGUUCAUGGUUGUCCACUGUAAUGGCGAAUCGCGUCGCUUCGUAGUAGUUUGUGGUUCUUCUUAUUUGUGUAAAUCAUAACCUAUUUACGUAUUUAAUUCGCUUGUUUGGCAUGUUUCAUGGAUUAUUUAUUAUGCAUAUCGUCUAAUAAGAUCUGUAUAUGUUUAACGAGUUGAGUUAUAUGCUAUUAAACAUAAAAAAAGUUGACUGUGUAUAACAUGGAGAUGAUUAAAGAACCCGUUAACGUCGAUAUGAUAUUGGAACAAGAAUCCAGAACGAAUGAUUCUUUGGAAUCCAAUCCAAAAUUGAAUCAUCCGAAUAAUUCAAAUAUCCCUGAGUUUCUUGAAAGCCGUUAUGAAAAUCGUGCUGGAACAUUUACGACAGGUAUCGAUAUAUUUAGUAAAGAAGAAAAAUUAAAAAUGGAGGAGAGAGCUAAGCGUUUUGGAUUGUCCAAAAAUUUUUUAUCUAAUUACGAACAAGAUUUAUAUACCAGCAUGGGCAUAGGCGAAGAUAACGAGAAUACAAGAAAUAUUAGAUUGAAUGUAAUACACAUGAGAGGAACCAAAGAAAUGAGCACAAAAGACGUUUUUAAAUAUUUUGAAGAUUAUGCUCCUGCAUAUAUCGAAUGGAUAAACGAUGUGUCAUGUAAUGUGGUAUGGCUUGACAAUGCGUCUGCAGCUAGAGCCAUGUUAGGAUUAUCAAAGCGUAUUGUAGGUGUUAAUGAUAAAUCGCAAAGCAAUAAAGGUAAUGCAAAUACAUUAGAUGGUGUCCCUAAUGAAGAUUGCAUCAUAGAAGUUGAACAUGAUAAUUUGUCCGACAAAGAGGCAGAAGAAAAGAAAGAUACAAAUGAAAUAAAUAUAAAAGAUAUCGAUUAUCCUUUACCUCCUGGUAUAUGGAGAAAAGGUGUUAAUUAUACCAAGUCCAGGGGCAUCUUUUUACGAUUUGCUACUAGAUUUGAUAAGAAACAAUCAAACGCAGAGAAGAUGAGUGACUAUUACAAGAAAUAUGGGAAUCCUAACUUUGGAGGAAUAAAGGGAAUAUUGACGGAAUCACGUAAACGUCUGUAUAAACAAAUUAAACAGAACAGAAGAAAAGUCUCGGAAGAAAGAGAAGAGGAUAGUACAUCUAGUAAACGUAUGAAAAAUCCUUGGGGUGCUUUGUCCGAGUCAUGGGGAAUUAAUGAUUCUGUAGAAAAUAAUUUUAAUUUAAAAAAUGAUAACAAGGAUCAGGGACGAAAUAUAAAGGAAAGACUUGGCAUUAAGUUUCCUUCGAAAAAUAUGAUUCGUGUCGAAGAAAAUAACAGCAGUGCUAAUGAUAGCGAUAGCGAAGAAGAUUGGUGCAAAAGAAGUAAAGUGUUGCGUAUGCGAAUGCAUGCUGAUGACGAAGAGAAGAAGAUUCAUAAAAGACGUGCUAAACUCAAAACUCAGAUGUUAUUAAAUAGUAUGUCAAGUGGAAAUGAUUUACGGUUGAGACUUGGUAGUAGACCAGUCAAGCCAACGCAAUUUCGUGAUGCAAUACAAGUUGUUGUUACUAAUAGAAAUUCUACAAGAUUGAAUUCUACAAAACCUAGUGAUUCUGAGGAAGAGGAUGGUGAAAUUGUAGAGGAUACUCAAGUAGAAGAAAUAGAAGAGGGUGAAUGGCAAGAAACGGAAGAAGAAAAUACAGAGGCCGAAGAAAGGGAAGAAAAUGAGAUUGAUAGCGAAGAUAGCGAUGUAGAGGCGAAAGAAGUGCAAGGACCUAAAGGCAGCGUUAUCAAAGUGGUUCAACAUAAGCCACGUGUUGCGUCUACUGUUUGGACGAGAUUAAAUAAUGUAAAAAGUGUAAUUAACAGCAGUAGUUUAAAGGAAAGACAAUCAAGAGGUCGAGAUUUAAGAGAUACAUUAAAAAGUGGCGAUCUACGUUCGCGUAUUGGAAAUCAUACGAGAGGACGUUCGCAAUUAAGGAUAGAAGUGAAAAAUGACAAAUAUACAGAGGAUGGAAACGAUAUUAAGUGAUCACCAAUUGCAUUUGCGGAUCUGUGAUUUUUUAAAACUGUCUUUAUGAAAUUGAAGAUUUUUAAACUAUACUAUAUCGAACUAAAGGGGAUUGUGUAUUGUGAUAAGAAAAUAAAAUUGAAAAAAAAAGAAAAAAGAAAAAAAGAAAGAUUCGUAUCAAUAUGUAUGCUCGAAAAUUAUAUAUAUGAUUCUUGUAUACAAUACAGUGAUCACUUGAAUGUUAACAAAC